AUGGAGACAUCCUCCGCGGCGCUUUCAAUCUCAACCUCAAACACCCCGACGGUGACAUCCCCCAUGGCACCUUCAAUUUCAAUGUCAAACACCCUGACAGAGACAUCCCCUGCGGCGCCUUCAAUCUCAACCUCAAACAACCCGACGGUGACAUCCUCCACGGCGCUUUCAAUCUCAACCUCAAACACCCCAAUGGUGACAUCCCCCGCAGCACCUUCAAUUUCAAUGUCAAACACCCUGACGGAGACAUCCCCUGCGGCACCUUCAAUUUCAAUGUCAAACACCCCGACGGUGACAUCCCCCACGGCACCUUCAAUCUCAACCUCAAACACCCCGAUGGCGACAUCCUCCGCAGUGCUUUCAAUCUCAACCUCAAACACCCCGACAGUGACAUCCCCUGCGGCACCUUCAAUUUCCAUGUCAAACACCCCGACGGAAACAUCCCCCGUGGCGCCUUCAAUCUCAAUGUCAAACACCCUGACAGAGACAUCCCCAACAGAACCAUCAAUUCCAGUUUGA